AUGAAGGUCGAGGAAACAGACGAGAUUAACAGUGCAUCCUGGUUCGAAAGAGGACAGAUACUCAAAAUGUUGUCAUUCAAAUGGAUAAUUCUCUACGGCUCGGUGUUACCAUUUUUAACUAUGACUACUGUAUUGUACGUUCUCGGAAUUGCGAGAUAUGUUACCGACUUUGAGGAGAAUACAUGUGAAAUGACGUAUAUGUUCGAGUAUCCACAGUACGUGAGAAUAUCUUUGAAAAACAAUACAGAAAAAGAAUAUCCAAGGUUUGGAUUAUAUGCCUAUGGAGAAGGCACUGUAACAGAAAAAUUAAGAAAAAUGCAAUUUUCUGGCAUUCCAGUUCUUUUUAUACCAGGCAAUGCUGGAUCCCAUGAGCAAGUACGAUCUAUUGCUUCAGUAAGUUUAAGAAAAAGCCGUUCAACUUCCUUCCACUUUGACUUUUUUACUGUUUCAUUUAAUAAGGAUUAUUCUGCAUUCUACGGAGGUGUUCUUCUGGAACAAACUAUAUAUGUUUCACAUUGUAUAAAGACAAUAUUAGAGUUGUAUAAAGGCAAAAUGAAAAACGUUGUAUUGAUUGGCCAUUCUAUGGGUGGUAUUAUAGCAAAAGGAGCACUGGUACUAGCACCAGAUAUGAAUGUGUCAUUUGCUAAUAUGAUAAUAAAUUUGGCUACUCCUCAUACUCCCUUCUUAGUGUUUGAUAAUGUCUUUGCCAAGUAUUAUUAUACUUUGGAAAGGCAUUUGCAUAAAAUUAAGGAUGCAGGAGUAAAGGUAGUAUCAAUUGGAGGUGGGCCACGAGAUAUACUUGUAUCUUCUUCACAAACUUAUGAUCACAUAGCAGAUAUAAAUGUUCUUUCCACGAGUGUACCAGCUGUUUGGAAAUCCAUGGAUCAUUUAAGUAUUCUAUGGUGUAAACAACUAGUAUUUGUAAUUGUGCGGUCACUAUUUGAUUCUGUGGAUUAUUCGGAAAAACCACCAAAAAUUACAUCAAAUCCUAAUUUAAUGAUGAAGUCUUUGUCUUAUCACUUUUUACAACACACUUCUGGCAAAAAAUUGUAUCAUUAUCCAGACAAAGUUCAAUUUGAAACUGAUGCCGAAUGGGUCAGCAUACCUCAACAGUAUGUCUGGAAUAAUAUCGGAGUUAAAAGAUCAGGUGUUAUAUAUCUUGCGGUGGAACUAUUUCAUAAGUCUGAUUUUUUAACUAUUGAUACAAUAAAUUUACAAAACAAGGAUUGGCUAUUUGUGUGCUCAGCAUUAAAAAAACGAGAACAAAAAAGAAUUUGUGAAUGGGGUUGGAGUUUGACAAAUGAAACAAGACUUUUACCUGAUCCUUUAUAUAGACUGAGAAGAACUGUUGAUUUAAAUCUAAAAAAGAUAAAAUAUCCACAUAUUACGCAUGCCAUUGUGAAAUUAACUCCCGAUGAUUUAAAGAAACAACUUACAGUCAAUUUCGAUUCCUAUUUUUACAAUAAUCGAAUGGAGUCUACAAGAAAUAGAUUUUUACAUCCUAAAUAUAUCUUGGGCUUUCGUGGACCUUAUUCAAUUGAAACUGUCAAGGGAAGUGUAAGAUAUCAUAUAACACUUCCUUUCAUCACAAACGCAGUCACAAUGGAGAUCAAAUCGCCAAAUUGUGAUGAGUAUCAUGCUAUUGUCGAGUUAGUGGAAUCAUCGAAUAUAGGGUCGACUCAAUUGAAAAUCUUCACGAAUAUAGACAAUGGUCCGGAAACAAUGAAAAUGCAAACGCUCUAUGGACGUACCAAUGCCACAGCAAGUUUAAAAAUGACAUUAGAACCGGAAUGUAUUUAUAUGAUUAAUAUUCAACCUGGAGGAAUCAUUGAUAAAAUUUCGUGUAGAAUACGGGAUCGGUGGCCAUUGCUUUACACGGCCGUUAUCAGUUUACUCCUUCUUUUCCUUUCUAUAAGGAUAUAUUACAAAUCAGAGAUGCUACUAAUGAUAAUCAUUACAAUAAUAUUAUCCUUUAUUUUCAACGUUGCUUACGAAACUUGCAUUGCUUUAUGUAUUAUUGGUGGAUCUGCCAUCGGUGUAUGUUGCUCUGUUAUAUUUCUUGGUUCUAUUGCACAUGGAAUAGCUAUCAGGUUCUUAUCACGUGCAGUAGCUUUCUCAACAACAUGGUCAGACUGGUUGUUAAAUGGACUAAACCAGCUGCCAUAUAUUUCAACUAUUUUCUUACUAUCUCUAAUUUCAACAACGUGUGCAGGUCUUAGCAUGCUCAUUUCGGUAUUUCUUUAUUUUUUGAAAUUAAUAAAGAUGUACGAAGAUUAUUUAGAGGACAUAUUAGCGGCUCCAUUCCAACAAUUCACUUGGUUUAAACAUUUGAGAAAUAGGAGUGAAGAAGAAGAAGAAGAAGAUGAUGAUGAGUCAAAUACUAGUCAAAGAAAUAUCAGUCAAGAGAUAUAUGAUCAUGUUCUUCUGUUUUUGUUGUAUGUUUUUGCUGCAAUCCCAGCAAUUCCAUCUGUCCUAGUUUGGGCAAAAAAUUACAGCUAUGGUGUGAGACUCUACACAGAAGAUCCUGUCCAUAUAAUGAGUUGGAUACUAUUGACUGGGUGCAGUACAUUAGGUAUGAUACAGAUUUUUCCUAAUUACAAAGGAUAUCGCUCGUUUAUAUUAAGCAAUUUAUUAUGUUUUGCGAGUUGGAUUAUUCUUUCCACGACUGCAGCUCCGCGCCCAUCCUUUUAUCAAUGGUAUAUGCCACCUAUUGUUGCCACAGUAAUAGUGCUCAUCACACUACAUUCCACGAUUCCUCCAAGAGUUUUCCAAUUUAAUUAA